UUAGAGAAGUAUAUAUUAGUGGGAAUCUAAAAGGUACAAAGACUGUUUGUUGUGUUGUACUAAAUUAAGAGCAGAGCAAAGAGGCGGGAAAACGUGAGGAAGAAGAGAGAAUGAAGGACAAAACGGAGAAACCCGGACAACAGCCGCCGACGGUCGACGAACGGUACACACAAUGGAAGUCUCUGGUUCCUGUUCUCUACGAUUGGCUUGCGAACCACAAUCUCCUCUGGCCUUCACUCUCUUGUCGAUGGGGCCCCCAGUUUGAGCAAGCAACUUACAAAAACCGCCAGCGCCUCUACCUUUCCGAGCAGACUGAUGGUAGCGUUCCAAAUACCCUUGUCAUAGCUAAUUGUGAGGUUGUAAAACCUAGGGUUGCAGCAGCACAACACAUAUCUCAGUUCAACGAAGAAGCACGUUCGCCUUUUGUAAAGAAGUUUAAAACUAUUAUUCAUCCUGGUGAGGUGAAUCGAAUUAGGGAACUGCCUCAGGAUAGCAAAAUAGUGGCCACACACACUGACAGUCCUGAUGUUCUUAUUUGGGAUGUUGAGUCUCAGCCUAAUCGCCAUGCUACCUUGGGAGUAAAUAAUUCUCGACCAGACUUGAUCUUGACUGGACAUCAAGACAAUGCUGAAUUUGCGCUCGCAAUGUGCCCUUCUGAGCCUUUUGUGCUCUCUGGAGGGAAGGACAAAUCGGUUGUUCUGUGGAGCAUUCAUGAUCAUGUGUCUACUUUGGCAGCAGCAGACCAGGGAGAAACAAAGUCUCCUGGAUCUGGAGCAGGUAACUCGAAACCUUCUGCAGAAGGCCCUACUGUUCAAGCUCGAGGUAUUUUCCAAGGACACGAUGAUACUGUAGAAGAUGUUCAGUUUUGCCCUUCCAGUGCGCAGGAGUUUUGCAGUGUUGGAGAUGAUUCCUGCCUUAUACUCUGGGAUGCAAGAGCUGGUUCUUCUCCUGCUGUCAAGGUAGAAAAGGCUCAUAAUGCUGAUCUUCAUUGUGUUGAUUGGAAUCCUCAUGAUGUAAAUUAUAUAUUGACCGGGUCGGCAGACAACACCGUUCGCAUGUUUGAUCGACGAAACCUCACUUCUGGGGGAGUGGGAUCGCCUAUACAUAUCUUUGAGGGCCAUGCUGCUGCUGUGCUUUGUGUACAGUGGUCCCCAGAUAAAUCAUCAGUCUUUGGAAGUUCAGCAGAAGAUGGUAUCCUGAACAUCUGGGAUCAUGAAAGGAUUGGUAAGAGGGAGGACGGUGCUAGUAGGAAAGCUCCAACAUCUCCUCCAGGCUUAUUCUUUCGUCAUGCUGGACAUAGGGAUAAGGUGGUCGACUUCCACUGGAAUGUAGCAGAUCCAUGGACGAUUGUUAGUGUCUCAGAUGAUGGAGAAAGUACUGGUGGAGGUGGUACAUUACAGAUAUGGCGAAUGAUUGAUCUCAUUUACAGAUCAGAAGAUGAGGUUCUAGAUGAACUGGACAAGUUCAAGUCUCACCUGCUUACUUGUUCUUAGUGUCUCCACAUAAGCGAUGUCACUGAUGUUCAAGUCAUGUUAAUGGAAAAACUAACACGAAGCUACGAGUUUGCAGUUGAUCAAAUGGCUAGCUUUUGAGAUAUUUAUGUAUUGAAUCCCUUAUUUAAUCUUUACCACGGACUUCAAAGAUAAUGAAAACACCUCCUUUUAGGCAUAUAAAUGGGCUUUGAGGAGUUUAAGUGGCGUUUGGUUGAAAGAGAGAAUUCCAUGCAUCUUUCUUUCCACAGUUGUAGUCCAAACAGUAAUGCCUAAGAGCAGUAGUGUGGGAUUUCAAUGUCUAGAAAAGAGUUGAAAAUUAAUUAGUGUGUCGGAGAAGUUGAAGCUGUAAUGAAGGUUUUAUCGAUCAAAUUCUUAUCUCUAUAGUCCUUUUAUUAGAAUUGCUUGCAUGUUUUUUCGAUAUUAGAUUUCAUGUUCCAUGGUACAUCUCAAGGUUUUGAUUGUACAAACUGUUCUCAACUAUUUAUUCAACAAAAGGAAUAAC